AUGGCAGGGGCUCCUGUGGAUUAUCUGGUAUUUCAGGCACUAAAGGUGGUGGGAAAUAAAGGUACUGGUGGAGAAAACAUGGGGACUAAAGGAGUUGGUGUAAACACAUCAGUUGGUGGUGAUCCUAUAAGUGGUAGAAAUGGUGGUAUUGGUAGAAAGGGUGCUGGUGUAAACUCAUCAGCGGGUGGCGAAUCUUGCUCUGGCGGUGGAUUAAAUAAGGGCAAUGGUGGUGGUAGUGCAAAUUCAUCCGGUGGCAUAUUUGGGACUAGUGGUGGCGGAGGUGUGAAUUCAGGUGGAGGUAACAACCAUGGAUUUAAUGGUGAUGGUGUCACUUCGGAUGGUGGUGGUGGUGAAGGGACUAGUGGAGGUGGUUGGAAUACUAAUGGUGCUGGAGGAGGAGAUGGUAUUGGUGGUGCUGGAGGAGGAGAUGGUAUUGGUGGUGCUGGAGAGGAUGGUGGUGCUGGAGAAGGAGCCAAUGGUGGUGGUGAAGAGGAUGGUGGAGGUGGAGAUGGGGUUGGUGGUGGAGAAGGUGGUGACACUGGUGGCGGUGAAGAAGGUGGUGGGGACGUAGCAACGGGUGGCGGGGAUAGGACUACGGGAGGUGGUGAUGGUACUACUGGAGGUUGCACUGUUGGUGGUGGAGACGGGACAAGAGGGAGUGGAGGAGGAGAAGGCACUAGAGGAGGCAAUGGUGGAGCUCUCCUCCUAGGAGGGGAGGGUCUUGGUGAGGGCUGA